AUGGUCACUCCCACUUCCUCCUGUGUGCAGUCCUGGUGUGUGUUCUGUACCCUGUGUGUCACCUGUGCUACCCUGCACACACGCAGACAUGGUCACUCCCACUUCCUCCUGUGUGCAGUCCUGGUGAGUGUUCUGUACCCUGUGUGUCACCUGUGCUACCCUGCACACACACAGACAUGGUCACUCCCACUUCACCUGUGUGCAGUCCUGGUGAGUGUUCUGUACCCUGUGUGUCACCUGUGCUACCCUGCACACACACAGACAUGGUCACUCCCACUUCACCUGUGUGCAGUCCUGGUGAGUGUUCUGUACCCUGUGUGUCACCUGUGCUACCCUGUAUACACACAGACAUGGUCACUCCCACUUCCUCCUGUGUGCAGUCCUGGUGAGUGUUCUGUACCCUGUGUGUCACCUGUGCUACCCUGUAUACACACAGACAUGGUCACUCCCACUUCCUCCUGUGUGCAGUCCUGGUGUGUGUUCUGUACCCUGUGUGUCACCUGUGCUACCCUGCACACACGCAGACAUGGUCACUCCCACUUCCUCCUGUGUGCAGUCCUGGUGAGUGUUCUGUACCCUGUGUGUCACCUGUGCUACCCUGCACACACACAGACAUGGUCACUCCCACUUCACCUGUGUGCAGUCCUGGUGAGUGUUCUGUACCCUGUGUGUCACCUGUGCUACCCUGCACACACACAGACAUGGUCACUCCCACUUCACCUGUGUGCAGUCCUGGUGAGUGUUCUGUACCCUGUGUGUCACCUGUGCUACCCUGUAUACACACAGACAUGGUCACUCCCACUUCACCUGUGUGCAGUCCCGGUGAGUGUUCUGUACCCUGUGUGUCACCUGUGCUACCCUGUAUACACACAGACAUGGUCACUCCCACUUCACCUGUGUGCAGUCCUGGUGAGUGUUCUGUACCCUGUGUGUCACCUGUGCUGCCCUGCACACACACAGACAUGGUCACACCCACUUCCUCCUGUGUGCAGUCCUGGUGAGUGUUCUGUACCCUGUGUGUCACCUGUGAUACCCUGCACACACACAGACGUGGUCACUCCCACUUCCUCCUGUGUGUAGUCCUGGUGUGUGUUCUGUACCCUGUGUGUCACCUGUGCUGCCCUGCACACACACAGACAUGGUCACACCCACUUCACCUGUGUGCAGUCCUGGUGAGUGUUCUGUACCCUGUGUGUCACCUGUGCUACCCUGUAUACACACAGACGUGGUCACUCCCACUUCACCUGUGUGCAGUCCCGGUGAGUGUUCUGUACCCUGUGUGUCACCUGUGAUACCCUGUAUACACACAGACAUGGUCACUCCCACUUCACCUGUGUGCAGUCCUGGUGUGUGUUUGUGUUCUGUACCCCAUAUGUACCUGUGCUACCCUGCACACACACAGACAUGGUCACUCUCACUUCCACCUGGCAUGGAGCUCUCGUAGCCGUUUUCUGUCAUGCUCGCUGACGUUUCCUCUGUGCCUAGAGUGGUGCCUGGUUUGCUUGAUGACCUCUGAGUCCUUCCUGAGUGAGUGAAGGACAUCCGAGUCAGAAGGUCAUCCAGGUGACGGGGUGAGAGGCCGGCACUGUGGCAUAGCAGGUGAAGCUGCUGCCUGCGAACGCUGGCAUCACAUCUGGGCGCCAGUUUGUGUCCCUGCUGCUGUGUUUCCUAUCUGGCUCCCUGCGAAUGCACCUGGAUAAGCCACAUGAGAUGUCCCAAGUGUCUCGGCCCCUGCCGCUCAUGUGGGAGACAGGGAGGAAGCUCUUCUUCGGACUGGCUCAGCCCUGGCUGUUGCGGCCAUCUCGGGAAUGAAUCAGCUGAUGGAGAGAUCUCUCCCCCUGUCUCUCCCUCUCCCUGUGUAACUGACUUUCAAGUAAAUAAAUCUUUAAAAAGACAGUGUUCAGGAUCUGUAAUAACGAAAGUCGAGUGGAUGUGAAACUUUGGUUUCGUUUGCAUUUUACCCUGAGAGGUAGCGGAGGUAGGGUGAGGUUGUGAAAAUAAAAAUCCAGAAAGGGUUUAGAGCCUACGGAAGGAAGAAAGAAGCCACCCAAGGGGGAAGCAGCUCCGGCCAAUGGCAGUGUGUUCGCUUGUGUCUUCCCGUGAGUGACUCGAGCUGUGGCCUUAUGCAUGUCCUUAAGGAUGCAAAUGAGACUCAGAGGUUUUGUUAAAGUACGAGGUGAACACGUGCCGUGACAAACGUGUCACAGCCUGUGCAGCAGCUGGUGUUUGGGAGGAGCCGCGGGGACGGGUGCUCAGUGCCGCAAGGAUACCUGGGAAGUUUGCUCCCUCUCUAGGUCGGGGAGCAGCAGCGCAGAAUCCUAAGCGUCUCUUGCGGCGUUAGCUCGCUUGUUGCUCUUGGUUCCUUUGGGUUUCCGCCCCCUGCUUUGCCUCCUCCCUUCAGCCCCCUUUCUCUGAGUUUCAUGAACCUCACUCGCAGCACCCAACCUGCUGGGCAGAACCUUUUAUUCCUGGCCAGGAACGGUCAGCCCUGUGGCCGCAAGGCGGGUGAGGACGCCGCGGGCAGCCGGGCAGGGUGCAGUGUGCGUGUGGAACUCGUUGGCACCGCCCGACGAUCCCCGACUGCUGCGGACCCACUUGUCUUCCUCGCCACGUGGACUCCGCGAGCUGGGCGCGUUGCAUGGCCUCGUUUGUCAGAUGAGAGACCCACAUCCUGGCUCUUGCACUUCAUGGACAGUGGUGGUAAUUUUGGGCCAAGAACUAUGCUAAUUGCUGGACCUGUGUUUUCUUUUCUUUUUUUGAAGACUGACUUUUUGCAAGGAAGAGUUAAAGGGAGAUAUAUGUAUACAUAUACAUAUAUAUAUAGAGAGAGAGAGAGAAAGAGAGAGAGAUAGAUAUGGAGAGAGAGAGAGAUCUUCAUCAGCUGGUUUACUCCUCAAAUGGCCUCAACAGCCAAGAGUGGACCAGGCCAAAGCCAGGAGCUUCCUCUGGGUCUCCCACGUGGGUGCAGGGGCCCAAGCACUUGGGCCAUCUUCCACUGCUUUCCCAGGCCAUCCGCAGGCGCUGGAACAGAAGCGGAGCAGCUGGGACUCAAGACGGCACCCGUGUGGGAUGCCGGCGUCGCAGGUGGCGUCUUGCCCUGAUGUACCACAGGCCCUGCCCCGUGACCGUCCUUAGUCCUCAUAUCACUUCCUACAUACUGAAAGUUGCAGGCCAGGGUGCAACUCCAGGUGGCUCCGAGUGUGGAUGUUUUUCACGGGGGUCGUUGACAGGACCCCGCUGGUGCCCGAGCCUUCGAUGACUCAGCGUUCGGGCGAGGGGCGUGUCCCCAGCUCUCGGGGUGUAGCUGGAAGGAGGGGGGCGUCCACGGUCCCCGCCGUCCCACGCCCCCCCCUGGAGAGGUGCUGCCGGCAGUCUUGGGAAGGAGCCCGGUUCUCUCCCGUGCGCUGAGACUCCGCGCCGUUCCCUCCCGGCUUUCUGAGCGAGCCCUGCUCUCCUCUUCUGCCUGAGCAAAACGUGGCUGCAGAUGCCGCCUCCUCUCGCCUCCUGCGAUGCCUCUGCAAGGGUCAGCAGAGGCCAGCAUGCUUAAUAAGCCAGAAACGCACCGGCGGCCGCGUGCCAGCCGCGCAGCUCUCCCGAGUCAGUGCGGCUGGUGAGGCAGCCCUGAGCUGUCACUGGAGGUGCACAGCCGUGGGGCCCGGGUGGGAGCUGGCUGGCUGGCUGGCUGUGGGACGGGCAGAAGUGCUACUCCUCGUCCCUGUUCCCCCUGGGUGCUUCCGGAGCCCCAGCUGGUGCUCGCCGAAGCUCGUCCCGCCUGCCCAGGCCGUCUGCGGAGCCCGUCGGGGAAGCCACGUUCCCAGCACGUCCACGUGCAGCCUCGGAGGGAAGCCGAAGCCGCAGUUUUUUUGCUGCGGGGAUCGUCGGUCCGUGCCAGCGAGCCUCUGCAUGCACACUGCGCCCUGCCCGGCUGCCCACGGCGUCCUCACCCGCCUUGCAGGCCGCGAGGCUGACCGUUCCUGGCCAGGAAUGAAAGGUCUGCCCAGCAGGAUGGGUGAUCCGGUUCUGUGUCUGUCUUCGAGGGGCUCCUUUUGGCUGUCUGCUGGCUUGGCGGAAGGAGGCGCCCCGCGGCCAGCCCUGGGGGUUCUCGGUCUGAUGCCACCACGCAGGCCCUGGCAUCCAGUCUGCCCGGACCAUCUCACUACUCUGACAGGGGUCAUUUCCAGGCGGGCAGGUGCAGCCCAGCUCCGUUGCCUUGCCAAGAAGGUUGCUUUUGAAGCAGAGCAGUGGGCAGGCUUGCGGUCUCUCCGCCUCUGUCAGUGUAGACGCUUUGUACACGAUAGCUUGUACUUGGCAAAGAACCUCCUGCUCUCUGUGUCUCAGCGUGGGUUUAAACUCCAGAAGGGCACCACGUCGAGAUCGGCUGAUAAUCUCUCAUCCCAGUCCGAGCCACUGGUGUCGGCAGAUCUAACGACGACUUCGAGGCCCGCGCUGCAGGCGGCCCCAGCAGUGCGGGGUAACCCCGAGAGGGAGAGAGGCAGCACCCCGACUCUGAGGAGCCCAACGUCCUGCCGCCUCGGCCGACAGCGGGGAAACCAGGAGUGCACAGGAGGAGCAGCCGCGGCCCCUCAGCCGGCGCCCGACCCGGGCUCCUCCCUACCGAGAGCCGCCACGGGGCGGCCUGGCCAUGGCCCCUACAGUCUAGGGACCCUGAAGGGCACCCACACUUUGACGGGGACGAGAUGCUGUCCAGCUGCGACGUGGGCGUCCUUGGGUGUCGCCGCGCUGCAGCACAGGGGCCGGGCUUCUCCCUCUGCGAUCUGGGCGGCACCCGUGGCACUUCCCUUGGCAAGACGCGCGUCCCGGCCUGCACCUGUUGUCCGGUGCACGCCUGGAUGUUCAUGCUCCGCGGGCAGCACCGGCUCGUCACCCCGCAGGGGCCAGAGGAAGACGGAGAGGCAGGAUCUGAGUUCACGGGGCCGCAGCUGGAGGAGUUGCGUGAGCAGCCACGGACACCGCUGGGGAAGAGGACGCGAGGGGAAGACUCCGACGAAGAGGAGGAAGUGCCAGAGGAAGGCGAGAAUACGGGCCCCGGCAGGCAGGGUGGUGACAAGGGGAUGCCCUCGGGUGGGAGGAGGCGCUGUAGAGGAGGAGGCCUUCUAGAUAGCGGAUCCGGAAAACACUGAGGCUUUCGGCUCUGCAGGGUGAGAGACCUGUGGUGAUUCAGCCGGGAAACAGCUGCUGGAUGUGGACUUGGUGAGGAGGGGCAGGCUCUGCAGGGUGAGCUACCUGUGGUGAUUCAGCUGGUGGCUCAGGCCACUCACGAGAAAGCAGCAGCAGCGGUCAGUGGUCAGUGCUCGCUGAAAGCUCGUCGGGUACUUGGUUCUCCGGGAUCGCUGAGACAGGAAGCAGUACCUCGGAAAAGGAGAGCCAGGCUGGGAGGGUGAAGGCCUUUAUGACAGUGAGGAUGCUGCGUUCCUCGAUCGUGCCGCCUGGUUGAGAGGAAGCGACCCAAACAGGUGAAGAAAGCCGGAAAGACAGACGAGCAGCCAGACGGUUGAUCACCGGGCGCGCAGCUGAGAGAGGCAGGGCCCCGCCCCUCGGUGUCCCGGGGUCCUUUAGAUGCACUCAUGUCAGAAGUGGGGUCAGGAGGUUCACUGGACGGUGUGUCCCGGGAGAAACUGAGGAAGGACAGACAGAGACUUAAAGGGUCCAUAGAAGCUGGAAAGCCAGCCGAGAUUCCAGAACUGGAAGUCAGACUCCAGGGGCAGACGACAGAGCUAACCAGCUCACGUCGCCUCCCUCUGGUGCCGUGAAAGGAGGAGGCAGGUUCACAGUGAAAGCUGGCACUGUAGGGAGGUCACCCCCGAGUGCCCAGGGCUCCCUCCACCUCUCAUGAGCAAGGGGAGCCUGAAAUAGAAGAA